UCAGAGCUUUUCAGCAUCGAUAAGAGCAGCCUCUCCAGUAUGCUAGUGGCAAUGACAGAGAAUCGGCGAAGAGCAUCCCUCUGCCUGGCAGCAUGAACGGYGGUGCCUCCGUGCCCACCAGCCUCAGCGGGCAGCAGCUGGCCUCUGCCAUCCCCUCCCCCACCGCCGGCAAGUCCUGGCGCAGCAAGUCCAUGAACAUGAAGCACAGUGCCACCUCCUCCAUGCUCUCGGUCUCCACCUCGCCCUCUCACUCGCCCACCCCACCCCCCGCCUCCGACCGCCUACGGCCCCCCAUGACCGAGGCGCCCAAGUCGGGCUCUGUCGCUGGCGGUGGCGCCUCCCAGAGAUCCAUGCUGGACAAGUUCCGGAUGAUCAACCCUCGCUCGGCCUCGCGGACUUCGCCGUCGGUGGCCGAGAUGGCCUUGCAGGAGGAGGAUGACAUGUCGGAGUACGGCGAGGAAGGGCUAAGCAUAACGGAGCCAACGUCGUCAAUGUGUACUAGCAGCAGCAACAGCACCAAGCCGCUGGCCAAGACUGCCUCGCCCCCCUCCCUGGCAGCAGCCAACAAGGGCUGUGUGAAGGACUCGUCGCCCUCCARCGGCGGCAGCAAUAAGUCCCUGCCCCAGCCCAAAGAGAAGGAGGAUAAGAGCAGGAGCAAASGAGGUAAGGCCAGCACCCCUCCCAAAGAGGAACAACGGGAACCCAUGGUGGAUCCAUCCAAGAAGACCUCUAAGAUCGCCAGCCUCAUCCCCAAGGGAGGCAAGCCUGCAGCGAGCAAGAAGGACAYCGCCAUCCCCCCUGCCUCCAGUGGAAUCCCCAAGCCUGGGCUCAAGGCCCCCUCAGCUACGGGGAAGCCGGCCGGUGGUCAAGCCCAGGCCCAGGCCACCCAGGGUGGUAGUGGAGGGGGCAGGGAAGGGGACAAGGCCAAGGUGGUUAAAGGGGGCCAGGGGGGCUACUACAUGCAGCAGCGCUCCCUGGGGGGCCUGGAGGGCCGGCGAAGCAACAUGGUGUCUUCCACCAGCACCUCUGCCCUGUCCCAGCCCCCAGGGGCCAUGGGGGGGAACGGAGCGGUGCAGCUCCCCCAGCAGCAGCAGCACAACCACCCCAACACAGCCACCGUCGCCCCCUUCAUGUAUAGGACGUACUCCGAGAACGACUGUACCACGGUGGCCCCCACAGACCACUGCCUCAGCCCCACCAAGGGAGACCUGGUCUACAGCAAGACUGCCAAGCAGUGCCUGGAAGAAAUCUCAGCACCAGUUAUUAGCUGGGUGACCAUGGGAAUGCAAUGUCUGGAGGAUGCCUCUGGACUCUUCUGUGCGUGA